AUGCCUAGACAGUUCAAUGAAGAUGCACAUGAUAGCAGGCUCAGUCAUGUUCACAAUGAUCUCGAUCUGGAUCUGGCCCAUGUUCCAUUCGUAGUUACUUCCUAUAGACCUUUACUUUAUGAGCACGAUUCAUCUGGACAGCAUCCAGUUAACCCUUGGCUACCUGGAAAAAAGCAGCUUGUUUCACACAAUCUGAAUGCCCGUGUUGACUACAUGCAGGAGCGUAUCAAUAUGCUUGCUGGUACUAAAGUAGGUUCAGUUAGGAGCGAGCUCAACCAAGAGCAAGUUCAUCAUGUCUCUUGUCCAGAAACUCCUACAAUUCUUCAAGAACCCCUAUUGGAACAACAUGCUCUGCGUACAGCAAAUUUUGCUAUAGUGUGUAGACGAUCAGCAGAUCCGCAACAGCAUCUUUCUCGACCCAUUUCACAGAUUGUCUCACCCUGGAGAGAUCGCACGAGACCUGAACCAUUUUCAAGAGCUCAUUGGCCGUCCAGCCUUGCUCCACGAAAAACUCGCUUGGCAAAUUCACACCGUCAAUCAAUACGAUUCACUGACCGUCCAUUUAAAACUCCUGGCCCUACCACUCCUGUAAAAUAUACUUGUCUAGCUGUGGAUGCUGAUGAAAUAGAUACUGAGACAUGCACUGCUACUAGUGCAAUGAGUGAGAGUGGUUUGUGCCGAGAAAGUGUAGCACUUGUUCCAUAUAUGCAUGCAUCUGUACCUAAUCUUGAAUCUUUGGAGUCACAGAGUGCUGGGUCUGUGCAUGUGGAUUGUGGAAUCAGGUUUGAAGACUGCAAUAGUCGUGAGAUUGACUCUUGGCAAUGA